CAUUCUCGUUUCUUCAUACGCAACCAAAACAAUCACAGCUUUUCUCUCUUUGGAACGUUCAUUUGCAUAACGCUUUGUUCAAUUGCUUUGCCUCUUUUGCAAAACCAAUAUCCUUUUGUGAUACCUGUCUUUCAAAGCUUCUAUAUUUGUUAAGUCCGUAAAAAUAGUACCAUCCAUUUAUAUAGCAAAGAGCUUCUCUUUCAUCUCUCUUAAUACAGUUUCUGUAUCUGUCAAAGAUUGUGUUGUAGAUUUUUAAACUUUUUCUCAGUGUUAGUGACAGAGAAAUAAUAGGAAGCUGAAAUCGUAUAUUUGAGGAAUCAAGACAGAGUGAGAUUUUCUCGUACUUACCUUUCCAGUGUACAGAUUUGAUUUUUAUUUGAUACCCAAGAUCAUUGCGUUCCUCUCCAUAGUGACCCUUCCACGCCCUAUAUAAGUCAUAGGCCUCUGUGUUUUCAGAAAGCGACUUGUUUGGUUCCUUUGGUUCAUUUUCCUAGUCUUAGUAUUCCUCUGUUUUCCUCUGCUAAUGGCACCUCCUAACGACCCUGUCAAUGGAGUCUUCAAAGCCUUCAGGUCCGACAAAUUGGAAACUUAUUUCAAUUUGUCUGAUGGAAAGUUUAGUGCCAGAGGCGUUUCGUUGCUCUCUGAAGUUCCAAGCAAUGUCACUUUCUCUCCCUUUUCUUCCAUUUGCCAAUCUUCUGAUGCUCCACCUACCCUGCUUCAACGUGUUCAUGCUCUGUCUCACAAAGGCGGUUUUCUUGGAUUUAGCCAUGAUGAGCCGUCCGACAGGUUGAUGAACUCAAUAGGAAAAUUUACCCAAAGGGAUUUCCUAAGCAUCUUUAGGUUCAAAACAUGGUGGUCUACCAUGUGGAUGGGAAAUUCCGGGUCGGAUUUACAAAUGGAAACCCAAUGGGUUCUACUAGAUGUCCCUGAAAUAAAGUCUUAUGUCAUAAUCGUUCCGAUUAUUGAAGGGUCUUUCCGGUCUUCCUUUCAGCCUGGCUCUGAUGGCCAUGUCAUGAUUGGUGCCGAGAGCGGUUCGACGAAUUCGAAAGCAUCGAAUUUUAAUGCAAUUGCGUAUGUUCAUGCUUCUGACAAUCCAUAUAGUUUGAUGAAGGAGGCCUUUGCUGCGAUAAGAGUUCAUCUCAACACCUUCAGGCUUUUAGAAGAAAAAACAGUCCCAAGUUUGGUGGACAAAUUUGGUUGGUGCACUUGGGAUGCAUUCUAUCUAACUGUGGAACCUGACGGUGUCUGGCAGGGUGUUAAGGAGUUUUCCGAAGGUGGUUUUUCGCCAAGGUUUAUCAUCAUUGAUGAUGGUUGGCAAAGCAUCAAUUUCGACGGUGGGGAUCCCAAUGAGGAUGCAAAGAAUCUAGUCCUCGGAGGGACUCAAAUGACCGCGAGGCUAUACAAAUUUGAGGAGUGUAAGAAGUUCAGAAAAUACAAAGGCGGGUCAUUGUUGGGUCCUGAUGCUCUUCCUUUUGAUCAGAAAAGGCCAAAAAUACUAAUCUCCAAGGCCAUAGAGUUGGAACACGUAGAGAAGGACCUUGAAAAGGCUAUUAAAUCAGGAGUAACGGAUCUCUCCAAUUUGAAAGCCAAAGUCCAAAGGGUGAAAAAUGAGUUGAACGACAUUUUUGUUGGGGAAGAAAGCAGUUCUAGUGCUUCAAAUGAACGGGGCUGUUUAAGCUGCUCUAACAAGGCUGAUAACUCUGGAUUGAAGGCAUUCACGAGGGAUUUGAGGAACAAGUUUAAAGGUUUGGACGAUAUUUAUGUUUGGCAUGCUCUUUGUGGUGCUUGGGGUGGUGUUAGACCCGGUUCAACCCAUCUCAAUUCCAAGAUAAUUCCAUGCAAACUCUCUCCUGGACUUGAUGGGACAAUGGAAGAUCUUGCUGUGGUGAAAAUUGUUGAAGGUGGAAUUGGGCUCGUUCAUCCUGAACAGGCUGACGAUUUCUAUGAUUCUAUGCAUUCCUACUUGGCCAAAGUUGGUAUAACUGGAGUCAAAGUGGAUGUCAUUCACUCUCUCGAAUAUGUAUCUGAAGAAUAUGGAGGCAGAGUGGAGCUUGCAAAGGCUUAUUACAAGGGGCUGACCAACUCUAUUGUGAAGAACUUCAAUGGGAAUGGACUUAUCGCUAGCAUGCAGCAAUGCAACGACUUCUUCUUCCUCGGCACAAAUCAAAUUUCCAUCGGAAGAGUAGGUGAUGAUUUUUGGUUCCAGGAUCCAAAUGGAGACCCAAUGGGAGUUUAUUGGUUACAAGGGGUUCAUAUGAUCCACUGUUCCUACAACAGCAUGUGGAUGGGUCAAAUAAUCCAACCUGAUUGGGACAUGUUCCAAUCAGAUCAUCUCUGUGCCAAAUUCCAUGCCGGAUCAAGGGCUAUCUGUGGAGGUCCUGUAUAUGUGAGUGACUCAGUGGGAGGUCACGAUUUUGGACUCCUGAGAAAGCUUGUCUACCCUGACGGCACCAUUCCCAAGUGCCAGCAUUUUGCUCUCCCAGCCAGAGAUUGCCUCUUCAAAAACCCUCUAUUUGACAACAAAACCAUUCUCAAAAUUUGGAAUUUAAACAAGUUUGGAGGUGUGAUUGGAGCUUUCAACUGCCAAGGGGCUGGUUGGGACCCCAAGGAGCAAAGGAUCAAAGGCUAUUCACAGUGCUACAACCCAAUGUCCGGUUGGGUUCAUGUCAAGGACAUAGAGUGGGACCAAAGGGAAGAGGCUGCCCAUAUGGGUAAGGCUGAAGAGUAUGUGGUUUAUCUUGACCAGGCCCAGGAACUACACCUGAUGACCCAAAAAUCUGAUGCAAUUCCAAUCACAAUCCAACCAUCUACAUUUGAGAUAUUCAGUUUUGUGCCAAUCAGGAAGCUGGGAUCCAGCAUCAAAUUCGCACCGGUUGGCCUUACUAAUAUGUUCAACAGUGGAGGGACAAUCCAGGAGUUGGAAUACAAAGACUGUGGAGCUGAGUUUAAUGUGAAGAUGCAAGUUAAAGGUGGUGGGAAUUUGUUAUGCUUCUCAAGUGGGUCUCCGAAAGCCUGCUAUUUGAAUGGUGUUGAUGUGCAUUUUGAGUGGUCGGAUGAUGGCAAACUCAGCUUGAUUCUUCCUGGUUUUGAAGAGGUUGUCGGAGGCAUUUCUGAUGUGGUCUAUGUUUUUUGAUUAUUAACUGGUCCCUAAUUAGAGGUGUAAUCACGGUUGAAAAGGAAAAACUUCCGUGACAAAUAAGAACUUUUUCUUAACUGCAAGUCUUCUUUGUUUUUUCUUUUUUGGUUAUUUUGUUUUAAUGUAUGAAGUCAAGUCACGGCAGAUUGAUUGCAGUACUAGUUGAAUAAUGUAUAUGUAACUUUCCCUUGAUCUUUUGUUAAUCUAAAGUGCGCAAGAAUAGUUUAAUUA